AUGGAGGCGUGGGAGUGGGGCGCCGAUGACGAUGGGCGGUGGCGCUGGCUGCCCUGGCAGGGGCCUGGGUCAGAUGGUGGCUCAGGCUUGUCGGUGACGAAGCACAACAACAGCAGGGCAAAUCGCGUGGCCAACCGCCAAAAUGAGCGCGACAGGCUCAGAGCCGACUGCGAGGCCAAGGACGGGGUCAUCCAUGACCUGGAAAAAAAACUGGCGGACCUCACAGCCAACCAGGCCAAGGAAUCCAAGGACGACGUCAUCCAGGACUUAGAAAAAAAGCUGGCGGGCGUCACAGCCAACUGCCAGGCCAAGGACGCCAUCAUCCAGGACCUCCAAAAAAAACUGGCGGACCAGCAAAAAAAGACUGUGGAGCUGGGCCCGCUGGUGCAAAAGACACAAGAGCUCAUGAAGGAUCUACAGGAGUGCCGCUCGCAGCUGCAAUGGCACCGUUCCCAGCAGGCGCAGCAGGCUGUGGACGUGCAGCAGCUGAAAAAGCAGAGCCAGUCGACGGAGGACCUCGGGCCGAUUUUCAAUUUGGCACUAGACCGACUUCGAGAGGCUCAAUGGCAACGCGAUGAAACCAGCCGUGAGCUUGCAAAGGUGACGGCUCAAAAGGACAAGCUCCACAAAGACAGCUGCGAGAAGAGCGAGAGGCACCUGGAGUCCCUCAAGGACCUCCAUAAAAGGGCCGUGGUGUCCGAAAGAGACCUCGAGUCGAAGACCCAGCAGGUGGCACGCCUAUCCGAUAUGCACAAAAUGGCCUUGAAGGCUUACAGCCAGCUGGCGAAGGAGGUGGAGGCCUGGCCCGUGUUGACAAAAUUUGAGAAAAGUAGAUCUUUGUGUUCUUUUGAUACCCCUGCCUGUCAGGGCGCCCAGUGCAAAAGCACAACUACGCUGCUGGCUGAGAUGAACCCGACAGACCUGCUGGACCUGCAGAAGCAAGUCAACACGAUGGUCCAGAUGAAGCAGAGGACGCCGAGGCCACUGCCGCAGCCAAAAAACAAAAGGCCGAUGGAUCAGAAGGAGAAGCACGACGACCGGCCGAUGGAUCAGAUGGACGACAAGGAGAAGCACGACCGGCCGAUGGAUCAGAUGGAGGACAAAGAGAAGGAGCACGACCGGCCGAUGGAUCAGAUGGAGGACAAGGAGAAGGAGCACGACCGGCCGAUGGAUCAGAUGGAGGACAAAGAGAAGGAGCACGACUGGCCGAUGGAUCAGAUGGAUGACAAAGAGAAGGAGCACGACAAAGAGAAGACGGAGGGCCUCAAGGAGAAGAAAGCGAAGGGCAACAAGGAGAAGAAAGAAAAAAAACAGCGCCUCAAGGAGAAGAAAGAGAAGAGCCCCAAGGAGAAGAAGGAGAAGUCUAAGAAGUCUAAGCGCUCGGAGGGCCCCAAUGAGGAUCCUCGUGACAAGAGGGCAAGGACUAGCUGA